CGCAAAACAGGAAACGCUCAUUUUGGCCAGGGAGAGCCGUCGAUGAGAUAUGAAUGUUUUCUGACAUAAAUGUUUGUGUAUUUUUAAACAUGCCAACAAUCACUUAGGCGGUUGCGCCUAUUUUUCCCCCACAGUUGCUGGUCACGUACCGCCAGCCUUCGUUUUUAAGGCCACCAUGGCGCAGGUCCGCGUCUACCUGGAGAGACUGAAGCAGAGACUCAAGGUGGAUCUCUUCAGAGAAGCUGGCCGCCAGUAUCCGGUCUUCUGUUUCAUGUUAUUUUUUUUACUUUCGUCUACUGUUCUUCUCAACAGAUAUCUUCACAUUCUGAUGGUCUUCUGGUCCUUCCUGGCUGGCGUGGUUACUUUCUAUUGCUCCCUCAGCCCUGAAACUCUGCUGCCAAGCAUCUUCUUCACCGUAAAGCCAAAGACCAAGCAGGAGCAGCCGGAGUUAUUCCCCUUGGGUCACAGCUGUGCCGUGUGCGGGAAGCGAAAGUGCAAACGUCACAAACCAACACUGCUUCUGGAAAACUACCAGCCAUGGCUGAAUCUGAAAGUGCAUUCCAAAGUGGAUUCUUCUCUCUCAGAGGUUCUGGAGUUGGCCCUGGAAAACUUCGUGUAUCCAUGGUACAGGGAUGUUACAGACGACGAAGCGUUUGUGGAUGAGCUGAGACUGACACUUCGUUUCUCCGCGGCUGUGAUGGUCCGCAGGGCACAGAAGAUUGAUGCUCCGUCUCUUAUAACAGGCAAACUACUGAAAGCUGCGAUGAAGCACAUUGAGAUUAUUGCUAAAGCACGACAGAAAGUAAAGCACUCGGAGUACCUGCAGCAGGCUGCUCUGGAGGAGUACGGUCCCGACCUGCAUGUGGCCCUGCGCAGCCGCAGGGAGGAGCUGCUUUACCUCAGGAAGCUGACCGAGAUGCUCUUCCCCUACAUCCUGCCCCCGAAGGCCACCGACUGCAGAUCUCUGGCCCUUCUGAUCCGAGAGGUUCUCACUGGGUCCGUCUUCCUGCCCUCCAUGGACUUCUUGGCUGAUCCGGACACUGUGAAUCACUUGGCACUUAUAUUCAUCGAUGACACUCCACCGGAACCUGCCACAGAGCCGCCCUCAGCCAUGGUCCCCUUCCUGCAGAAGUACACAGAUCCACGCAACAAGAAGCCAUCCGUGCUGAAGCUGGAGCUGAAGGAGAUCCGCGAGCAGCAGGACCUGCUCUUCCGCUUCAUGAACUUCCUGAAGCAGGAGGGUGCCGUGCAUGUGCUGCAGUUCUGCCUCACCGUGGAGGAGUUCAAUGACAAGAUCCUGCGGCCGGAGCUGAACGACACCGAGAUGCUGAACCUCCACGAGGAGGUGAAGAAGAUCUACGAAACCUACUGCCUGGACGAGAGCAUCGACAAGAUCAGCUUCGACCCCUUCAUCGUGGACGAAAUCCGCAAUAUCGCGAAGGGGCCCUACACGGGGGUGGUGCGGCUGCAGACCAUGCGGUGCCUGUUCGAGGCCUACGAGCACGUCCUGUCUCUGCUGGAGAAUGUCUUCACCCCCAUGUUCUGCCACAGCGAUGAGUAUUUCAGGCAGCUGCUGAGGGGAGCGGAGUCUCCAGCCAGAAGCUCCAGGCUGAGCAGAAACAGCCUGAGUUUGGACGAUGUGCGGAACACCUCGAAGCGUGGGGAGUCCUUCGGCAUCAGCCGGAUCGGCAGCAAGAUCAAGGGUGUCUUCAAGAGCACCACCAUGGAGGGGGCCAUGCUGCCGGCCUACAGCGCGGCCGAGGGCGAGGAUGACAUGGUGGAAGAGGCCACCAUGGUGCUGGAGGAUGAUGCCCCCGCGGAGGCAGCGAGCACCCCCAGCACCCUCCGAAACCUGUCGGCCUGGAACGUCACCAUCCCCUACGUGGACUUCUGCGACGACGAGCCCAAGAAGGAGAGGGUGCCGGUGUUCUGCAUCGACGUGGAGCGGAGUGACAGGAAGGAAGUCGGUCAUGAGACCGAAAGCUGGUCAGUGUACAGAAGAUACCUUGAAUUCUACGUGCUGGAGUCGAAACUUACCGAGUUCCAUGGGUCCUUUCCUGAUGCCCAGCUCCCAUCCAAACGAAUAAUAGGACCAAAGAACUACGAGUUCUUAACAUCAAAGAGAGAAGAGUUUGAGGAAUAUUUACAGCGGUUGCUCCUCCACCCAGAACUGAGCAACAGCCAGCUGUUGGCAGACUUCCUGUCUCCGCACAGCAUGGAGUCCCAGUUCCUGGACAAGAUGCUGCCAGACGUUAACCUAGGGAAGAUUAUCAAAUCUGUCCCGGGGAAAUUAAUUAAAGAGAAAGGCCAGAACCUUGAGCCUUUCAUCCAGUCCUUCUUCAACUCCUGCGAGUCGCCCAAGCCCAAACCCAGCCGCCCCGAGCUGACCAUCCUCAGCCCGACGUCGGAGAACAACAAGAAGCUCUUCAACGACCUGUACAAAAACAACGCCAACCGCUCGGAGUUCACGGAGAAGAAGCACAACCAGAAUUAUUUCAUGGAGAUGAUGACGGUGGAUGGGGUGUAUGACUACCUGCUGUAUGUGGGCCGGGUGGUGUUCCACAUCCCCGAUUGGAUGCACCACCUGCUGAUGGGUGGGCGGAUCCUGCUGAAGAACACGCUGGAGGCCUACGCGGACCAUUACCUGCAGUACAAACUGGACCAGGUCCUGCAGGAGCAUCGCGUGGUCUCCCUCAUCACUCUGCUGAGAGAUGCAGUUUUCUGCGAAAACAGCGGACCUCGCUCUCCCGAGGACAGGCAGAAAAGAGCCAAGAAGACCUUUGAAGAAAUGAUGAAUUACAUUCCAGAAUUCAUAGGGAAGUGCAUCGGCGAGGAUGCCAAGUACGAGGGUGUUCGGCUGCUCUUUGACGGACUGCAGCAGCCUCUACUCAACAAGCAGAUGACCUACGUGCUGCUGGACAUUGUUGUGCAAGAGCUUUUCCCAGAACUUAACAAGCAGGUACAGAAAGAUGCCCCCCCGGCUCCCUGGAUGUAGAAGGACGUUGGACUGACGCCAGUCUCCCCUCCAGCCAAAGGAUAUGCAAUGUUCUCCGCAAACUCCAGUCCUUAAAUGACGAUCUUCUUCCUGGGCAAUUCAUAAUCUGAUUACAGUUUAUAAAACCUUGAGACGUCCAGCCGACACGUGCCGGAGCUUACCAACAUUCCAAUGCAUUUUAUUGCACUAAUAAAAAAAUAUUUAUUCACGAAAAAGGACCGGAUGUGUGGCGUUUGCUAUGCGGCUCUCGGAACUUGCAGAACAACAGGUCAUGCUGCUUCCCUUUAAACCACGUGGAGCAUAAGUGAGUGAUGUGCACACUGAUUACAUUUACCAUCAGUCGUCACUCUUGCACACAAAUGUUAUGUCUGUCGUCUUAAGCCUGUAAUUGUUGUUUGCCUGGUGUCUGAUUUAAAACCCAGUUGUAAUUAUGGUUCCUGCAUUCCCCUCCAGACACCACUCCCAUGUUAGUGAGGGAAAUGUGUAGGCAGUUUCAUAGAAACGUUCCAAGGAGUUUCCCUGAUUCAUGGGGAAUCGAUGAAGAUUUUUUGGCUAAAGGAUUAUCUGUGACGUGAUAAAUAUAGUACACACUUUAAAUGGCAGACUUCGUCAUAUGCAGUAUACAGAUACCAAAUGCAGUACACACGU